CGGAACAGGUCGCGCAGACGUAAUCGUUGCAGAAGUCCGUUUUCAGCCGGCGGCGGGCAAGUUCAUACCCAAGCAUGCUGUCUGCCAUUCGACGAGGACCUCUCUCUUUAAAGGCAUUUGCAAAAUGCCCCCGCUGUGGCUUAUCGAUCAUCUCUACUAAGCAGCAGCCUAGCCCGUCCUGCACCGCAGACGACUGUUGCUCGAGCAAUGUCUAUUCACCACGGAGAAUCCGCGAUUCGUCCUGAACCAGACAAGGUCCUCAUGGAUAUUGCGGACUAUGUUCACAAUUACCAAGUAACUUCGGAACUUGCGCUGGACACAGCGCGGUUGUGUCUUAUUGACACCAUUGGAUGUGGCCUCGAAGCUCUGCGUUUCCCGGAGUGCACCAGAUUGCUGGGCCCGGUCGUGGAAGGAACCAUCGUUCCCAAUGGCACCAAGGUUCCUGGGACGAACUAUCAACUUGACCCUAUUAGGGGUGCAUUCAACAUUGGCACCACCAUCCGAUGGCUUGACUUCAAUGAUUGCUUCCUCGCUGCCGAGUGGGGUCACCCAUCCGAUAACCUUGGUGCUAUUCUCGCGGUUGCGGAUCAUCUCGCCCGCCAGGGACAGCCCCUGAAGGUCCGCGACUUAUUGGAGAGCAUGGUCAAGGCGCACGAAAUUCAAGGCGGCCUCGCCCUCCUGAACUCCUUUAACCGCGUUGGUCUUGAUCACGUCGUGCUUGUCAAAGUUGCCAGCACUGCCGUUGUCUCUAAAUUACUGGGUUUGACUCAUGCUCAGACCGUGGACGCCGUUUCUCAAGCUUGGGUGGAUGGCCAGUCACUGCGAACGUACCGUCACGCACCAAAUACUGGACCUCGCAAGUCCUGGGCAGCUGGCGACGCGUGUGCACGUGCUGUCAAUCUUGCACUCCUCGUAAAGAAGGGGGAGAUGGGCCUUCCGUCCGUUCUUACUGCGAAGCAGUGGGGUUUCUACGACGUCUUGUUCAAAGGAAAGGAAUUCCAAUUCCAAAUGCCAUAUGGUUCAUACAUCAUGGAGAACGUUCUCUUCAAGAUUUCAUAUCCUGCUGAGUUCCACGCACAGACCGCUGUGGAGGCAGCCCUCAUCGUUCAUGACAAGCUGAGGGCCAUGGGCAAGAAUUCAGAUGACAUUAAGAGCGUUCGAAUCAGGACCCAAGAGGCUGCUAUCCGUAUCAUUGACAAACAAGGCCCUCUGGACAACUUUGCUGACAGGGAUCACGCCAUCAACUACAUGGUUGCGUAUCCGCUCAUAUUUGGCGAGUUGACUUCCAAUUCGUACACCGACGAGGCCGCCGCCGAUCUACGCAUCGACUCCCUUCGUGCCAAGAUUUAUUGUGUCGAGAAUGAGGUGUUCUCAAUGGAUUAUCACGAUCCAGCCAAACGCUCGAUUGGCAACGCUCUGUUGGUGGAGUUGAGCGACGGCACCGUCCUGGAUGAGGUCGUAGUUGAGUAUCCCGUCGGGCAUAGGACCCGCCGCGAAGAAGGCACUCCGCUCUUGAUCGAGAAGUUCAAGCGACACGUUAGUCGUCACUUUGACGAAGCCCAUCAGAAGAAGAUCUUGGAGACCGUAUCAGACAAGGAGCACUUCCCUAACCUCCCAGUCGAUCGCUUCACAGAUCUCUUUGUAAAACCGUGACUUCUAGCUAGAGGUUAAAAUUCCUGUUUGAAACAUAUACAUGUGGCACUGCUCUUUUGAGGUAACAUAGUUAUGACAACCUUCAUAUUGGCUAUCUCGGCCUACCUAGUAUCUGGUACAGUAGCGAGUCGGGCAACAAUAAAAUCAUUUUUCUGGCGGCUCUGCAGCA